UUUGACUAAACCUUCCUCACCUAAAUUAUCUUUGUUCAAUUCUUCAAAUUUUUUUAUUUUUUUUUUUCUCUUUCUUUCUCCCACUUGUAUUAUAUCACAAAAUUUUCAACAACCCACUAAUAAAACCCCCUUCUUAGCCCUUCUUUCCCACCCUACUCAAAUCCUCAUUCCACAUUUUUUUUUUUCUUUCUCCUAAAUUCAAUUAAUUCUCUCCCCUCUUUUUUCUCCUCAACAAACUAUAUAUUCAUCAACAACUACUACUCCCUAAGCCGCCUUUUCCUCCUUGUUUCUUGGGAAUAUAAUUAUAUAAUUAUAGUUAUAAUCAAAAAGAAAUAUAUUUGUAUAGAAAGGAUACCAUAAAAACAAGCAAAGGGUAAGCAAAAGAGAAGAAAUGAGAAAACCAACGGAGAUCCAAGAUAACGAGACAGGAUCCGAUGCGGGAGGGAGCAGCGUACACUCGCAAUCCCGAGUAACUUUCAGCGGUCCAUUAAAUUCACCAAAAAAACGUAAUAAUAGCAGUAAAAGAUUCAACAACAACAACAAAGACGAUGAUAAUGAGUACGUGGAAAUCACGCUUGAUGUCCGAGACGACACUGUUUCGGUGCAAGAUAUUAAGGGUGCUGUUGGUGAUCAAGAAGCUGCGUUACUUACUAGCCACUUAGAGAGGCAGCGCCCUCACACGCUUACCUCGCAACUUUCUGCUAAGAUUAAGCAAGUCUCUAGGGAGCUUAAGCGUGUUACUUCUUCUAAUCGCUCUGGUUUUCGCCAACUCGAUCGGACUAAGACCACCGCCGCGCGUGCUCUUAAGGGGUUGCAGUUUUUGAAUAAGAGUGUUGGUAAUGAAGGGUGGGCUCAGGUUGAGGGCCGCUUUGAGAAAUUGCAAGUUGAUGGGUUGCUUCUUCGGUCCCGCUUCGGCCAGUGCAUCGGAAUGAAUGAAAAGGAGUUUGCCGGGGAAUUAUUUGAUGCAUUAGCGCGUAGAAGAGGGAUUGUUACGGGAACAAUUACGAAGACUCAAUUGCGUGAUUUUUGGGAACAGUUAGCUGAUCAGAGUUUUGAUGCUCGAAUUCAAACUUUCUUUGACAUGGUGGACAAGGAUGAAGAUGGCAGGAUUACAGAAGACGAGGUCAAACAGAUUAUCUCGCUAAGUGCGUCAGCCAAUAAGCUGUCGACGAUUCAAGAUCAUGCUGAGGAAUAUGCUGCCCUUAUCAUGGAAGAGCUUGAUCCUGAUGGCCUUGGUUUCAUUGAGAUCCAUAACUUGGAAAUGCUCUUGGUUCAAGCGCCAACACACUCAAACACCACGGUCACAGAUAGCCGUAAUCUGAGCAAAUUGCUUAGCCAAAAGCUUGUUCCGACUAAGGAGCCCAACCCCAUCAAGCGUGGUGCUAGUAGGCUCACUUACUUUGUCGAGGACAACUGGAAGAGAAUAUGGGUUAUUCUUUUAUGGCUUGGCAUUUGUGCUGGUCUCUUCACUUGGAAGUUCAUUCAAUACAAGAAUCGUUACGUGUUUCAUGUCAUGGGAUAUUGUGUCACUUUUGCCAAGGGUGCCGCUGAGACCCUCAAAUUCAACAUGGCCCUCAUCCUUUUACCUGUCUGUAGGAACACCAUUACCUGGCUUAGGAGCAGAACUAAGCUAGGGAUGGCAGUGCCCUUUGACGACAACAUUAAUUUCCAUAAGGUUAUAGCCCUUGGUGUCGGGGUUGGGGUUGCUAUCCACGUGAUAUGCCAUCUUACAUGUGACUUCCCAAGGCUGCUACACGCAUCAGAUGAGGCCUAUGCCCCACUUGGAAAGUACUUUGGGGAAAGGAGACCUCCAAACUACUGGUGGUUUGUCAAGGGAAAGGAAGGAUGGACCGGGAUCAUCAUGGUAGUCUUAAUGGCCAUCGCGUUCAUCUUAGCUCAACCUUGGUUCCGGAGGAAUAAACUUAAGCUGCCUAAGGCUCUCAAGAAACUUACUGGGUUCAAUGCCUUUUGGUAUUCUCACCAUCUGUUCGUCAUAGUCUAUGCCCUCCUGUUAGUCCACGGGUGGUUCCUCUACCUCAGCAAGGAAUGGUACAAGAAAACGACAUGGAUGUAUCUUGCUGUGCCCGUCCUAUUAUACGCGUUUGAGAGACUGAUUAGGGCACUCCGGUCUGGUUACAAGUCAGUACAGAUAUCAAAGGUCGCGGUAUACCCUGGGAAUGUACUAUCAUUGCAAAUGACAAAACCUCAGAAUUUCAGAUACACCAGUGGACAGUACAUAUUUGUAAACUGUGCUGAGGUUUCUCCUUUCGAAUGGCAUCCAUUCUCUCUGACUUCGGCUCCAGGGGACGAUUACAUAAGCGUUCACAUUCGAACAUUAGGUGACUGGACCUCUCAGCUGAGAACACUCUUCUCCAAGUUAUGUCAACCUCCCAGAAGCAGUGAUCAGAGUGGCCUUCUCAGAGCUGAUAUUAAUUGUGGACCUAUUCCGAGAAUGCCAAGACUUAAGAUUGAUGGUCCAUAUGGAGCACCAGCUCAAGACUAUAAAAAUUACGACGUCCUCUUACUAGUAGGUCUUGGAAUUGGGGCAACACCGUUGAUCAGUAUAGUCAAGGAUGUGCUCUACCACCUCAAGCAACAAAAAGAGGUUGAGAGGGGAAUGAGUCCUGAAGAUAGGAGGAGGCCAUUCAAUGUGAAACGGGUGUAUUUCUAUUGGGUGACUCGAGAACAAGGGUCAUUUGAGUGGUUCAGGAGUGUGAUGAAUGAGGUGGCUGAGAAUGACCAAGAACAUGUGAUCGAACUUCAUAACUAUUGCACAAGUGUCUACGAAGAAGGGGAUGCAAGGUCAGCCUUGAUCGCUAUGCUUCAGUCCCUACACCAUGCUAAGAAUGGUAUGGAUAUCGUGUCUGGGACUCGAGUGAAGACUCAUUUUGCUAGGCCUAAUUGGAGGGCUGUUUUCAAGCAUGUUACUGUUAACCACACUGAGAAAAGAGUUGGGGUGUUCUAUUGUGGUGCACCUGGUUUAACUCAGCAACUGAGAAAUUUAUCUCAAGAUUUUUCGAGGAAAACAUCUACCAAGUUUGAUUUCCACAAGGAGAAUUUUUGAGAGGUUUUCAUUACAUUGGACACCCAUAUAUUCCCAACAAAUCCAAGUAAAUAUAUACAAAACCACGUAUUCUAUAUAUUCUUUGAUUUUUAGGUCAGGAUUUGUUCACUCUUUUUCUUGCUAAUAAUUUUAUUAGAGUCGAGGACUACUUGCCAUUUUACCAGUCUUAGUCCAAAAUGUAAUAUAUCCGUAAUAAAUCAGUGAUAUUAUGAAUUUAUUAGUUGUUGUGGUCACUUUACUCUGUAGAAAAAUGGUCAUAUGUAUGUAAUACAUUGAUUGGAAUUAGAGCACAUUGUAUCAAAAGCCUGACCCUUUUGAAAUAGUUUCAAAUUUUAUAGUC